AUAAAGGGUGCAACAAUAGUGGACGCUCUAGAUACGCUCUACAUCAUGGAAAUGUUUGAGGAGUUUAAAGCUGCCACAGAUUGGGUGGAGAAAAACUUGGACUUCAACGUGAAUGCAGAAGUUUCUGUGUUUGAGGUGAACAUCAGGUUUGUUGGAGGUCUGCUGUCUGCCUACUACCUGUCUGGGAAAGAGGUGUUCCGCAGGAAGGCGGUGGAGCUGGGUGAAAAGCUGCUGCCAGCCUUCAAAACGCCCACAGGCAUCCCCUGGGCUCUGCUCAACCUCAAGAGUGGUGUCGGUAGGAACUGGCCCUGGGCUUCAGGCGGCAGCAGCAUCCUGGCAGAGUACGGCACCCUCCAUCUGGAGUUCAUGCACCUCAGCAAACUCUCCGGAAACCCAGAGUUUGCUCAAAAGGUAAUGAACAUCAGGAAAGUGCUGAACCGUUUGGACAAACCUCAGGGACUUUAUCCGAACUACCUGAACCCGAACAGCGGCCAGUGGGGCCAACAUCACGUGUCUGUGGGUGGCCUCGGCGACAGCUUCUAUGAGUAUCUGCUCAAGGCCUGGCUUAUGUCCGACAAGACCGACGAGGAAGGGAAGAAGAUGUACUACGAUGCCCUGCAGGCGAUAGAAACCAACCUGAUGAGGAAGUCGAGCAGCGGGCUGACCUACAUAGCCGAGUGGAAGGGAGGGCUGCUGGAGCACAAGAUGGGCCACCUGACGUGUUUCGCCGGCGGCAUGAUCGCUCUGGGUGCCGACGGGGCCCCCGGUGACAAGACGGGCCACCAGAUGGAGCAGGCGGCGGAGAUCGCUCGCACCUGCCACGAGUCGUACGCCAGGACAGCGCUGAAGCUCGGUCCGGAGGCGUUCCGCUUCGACGGCGGAGUCGAGGCCAUCGCAACCCGACAGAACGAGAAAUAUUUCAUCCUGCGCCCGGAGGUCAUCGAGACCUACAUGUACAUGUGGAGAUUCACCCACGACCCCAAAUACAGAGAGUGGGGCUGGGAGGCUGUCCAGGCCUUGGAGAAGCACUGCCGACUAGAAGGAGGCUACAGCGGCGUCAGAGACGUCUACGCCUCGUCUCCGAACCACGACGACGUGCAGCAGAGCUUCUACCUGGCCGAAACGCUAAAGUAUCUGUACCUGCUGUUCUCCGACGACGACCACCUGCCGUUCGAACACUGGGUCUUCAACACCGAGGCUCACCCUCUGCCCGUCAUCAGGAAGGACAAAACAGACACCCCCAACGAAGUGGAGUAGCCUCCCAGUGACCUCUGACCCUGUAUAUCUGAGCCUCCUGCUGGUGACAGGUUCCUCCUUGUCGGAUUUUUUUUUUUUUUGUUCUUUUUAUGAACUGGAUCUGUUCUGUUUUAUCUGAUUUGUUUUUUUGUUUUUUAUUUUGAAUCUUUUUGCAAACACUGAUCUCCGGUUGGGUCGGAUCCGGAGCAGCUUAUUUAAAACCGGAAUCAUGAGAACUUCCUGUUUGGAUUGGAAACGGCAGAGAUAAUCAAUCAGCUGCUCUUCGUCUGGUCACGUUAUUUAUCAGGAUGUUUGUUGGGUUUAGUUUUUUUCUCUGUGAGGGUGAAACCAGGCGGCUCUGUGAAUUAAAGACGUCUCAGCUCUGACUGACAGGGGCGACGAAGUGACACGGUGAGCGGAAAGACUACCGGUUCACUUUCUGUUUCCUUUUCGCUGCUUGAGGAUCUGUUUGGUUGGACAAACACUGGGAUUUCCUUUUUUUAUGUUUUCAUCUAUCUAAAUCAUGCCUCGUUCAUAUCUGCCAGUAAAUUCAACUGGUUUUCUUUGACCAGCUGUUUGAUUUGUUCCUCUAUCUCACAUUUCCAUCGGAGUUUGACCAAGAAGGAUUUAAAAACGGAUAUUUCUUCCUAACUCGAUUGUUUUUGCCUUUUUAUCCUGAAAAAAUUGGUUUGAUUUUAGGUUUAAUGACCUCAGACUUGAAUAUUUUUUUAAACCGGUGAACUAAUAUUAAUUUUGAUGGAUUUUGGAGCAGUUUAAAUUGUCAGGGAUCUUUAUUUUAUUUUAUUUUAUUUUUGGGGAUGCAUGAAAUACCGGAAUUGGCCCGAUAUUAAUACCCGAUGUGAUGGUGAUGCUGCAGAGGAUUCUGCGAUAUGAGUUUCCUGGUUGUUCUUUCAAUGUCAGAAAUAUGGGAAAAUAUCCAGUAUAUUGAUAUCGGAUAUCAAUAUCAGCUCAAAUUUUGAAAUCAGUGCCUCCAUUGAGACCCUGAACAUUUACGCUGCUGUUCCAGAGAUUACAUCCACUCAUCUGAAUUAACUUGAAGUGAUCAUUUUAGACUCGAACCUCAUUUAAAGUUUCAAGAAACUUUUCACAAUAAAUGAUAAAAAAAAAGACCAGUCCACUGGGAAUUGUCCCAGUAAACCUGAUUAGCUGGUUAGCCUGUUUGUUUUUAUCGAAAUCUUGAAACUGAGAUCUUAGUAAACAGCCACUCGGGCCUCGGUGGUGUAUGUACAUAUUUGACCCUGUGAUUAGAGGAAAUCCACGGUUAAAAAAAUCAUUAAAGUUGGACGGUUUUUAAUCAUUUUGUUCUGCAAAGUGGUGAUUUAAAUGUAGUUAAAGUUGGUAUUGAUGAGUGGAUGUAACCUUCGUCUCCUCUUCUUCUAUUUUCCGUCAGGCAGGAUCUUCUCCUCUGUGAGGAAAUGCUCAACUUUGCUCUAAAAGCUCCACCUUCAGUCACAUUGAAGCCAUACUGACGUAGCGCAGCUUUUACCAUUUACGUUGUCGUUUACAUCAUGAUUAAUUUAUCGUUUUUUUCCACAGAACCAUAGAGACGAAGCCAGAUUUCAUCCAGUUUAGUCUUUAAUCUAGUGCCUUCGCUGGUAAAAACAGGAGUUGCAGCUCAUAUGAACACAAAGAAGGGAUUUUUUUUUAGCAAAGACUCUCAGCUUUAAGUAUAUUCCCAUCCUACAGAUGAAGAUUUAACCAAAAGUGGACACGAAUAAAAGGAUUACCACUCCUUUCUGAGGAAAAUCCAUCUGUAAUAGGAGAUCAGAUGUGUUAUUCCCUCUCCAGAGUCAAAAGUCUGAUUUCCUGGGCUGCAGUGACAUCUAGUGGUGGCAGACUGGCGCUGCAGUUCUUGAAUCUUGGGCCAAAUGCCUGCAGACUGUGAAAUUAGCUGCAUUAUAAAGUAAUUACCAAUCACAAUGCGCAAGGCUCGCAGAUCUUUCUCUUGUCUUGCCAAAUAAUGAUGUUGGAGGCGGCGGAUCAAAUUCAUCAGCCGAGUUUUAAAGCAGACAGACAGCAGAUGGCUAGUCGUUAAAAAAUCACCGCCAGAGAUUAUUUAUCUGAGGUUUAUAAAACAUCUGUCUGACCUUUAAGUUUGGCCAAAACACAGAAAAAUGUUAGAAAAUGCAGGCAGGUUUUUCUGGACGCUUAGGAAAAAGGAUUUGUUGAUUUUAUUUUCAGAAAAAGUACCAAAAACAGUCAAAUUAAACUGAAAUCAACUAAUCAAUCUGUUUGUUUUUAAAGCAUAUCUGAGAUUCCUUCACUUUAAGUUACUGAAACCAACUAGAAUCGAUGUGAUCUUUUAAUUCUGACCAAGACAUUUUGACUAAAAAGUGAAAAAAAGCAGAGAACUGUUUUAAAAAAUGAUUUUUGAGGUUUACAGAGGAAGAUUGUUAAUUUUAUUCUCUGAAAAAGUUGAAAAAACUGUAAAAUUCAACUGAAAACAAAACAUUUUUCUGACUGUUUUUAAAGCGUCUAUUAGAUUACUUGACUUAAUUUUUCUGAAACUGAUUAAAUUAAAUUCCUGUUUUGAUUGAGUAGAAAAAUCAAACAUCAGUUUAAUGUCAUUUUCUUUUGUCAAAAGGGGAUUUUUUUUAAAUUUAUUUAUUUAUGGGAAUCAAAUCUUAAAAAGCUUUAAUUUCCUCCAACAGGGAAAUAAUUCUAAUUAAUUUAUCUCAAAUUAAAUAUUUUACUUCAAAAAGUUUGCCUUUUUUAAUCAUUUUUCCUCUGAACAGUUUUCAGUUUUUCUGUCUUUUGUUUGUCUGAAACUGUAACAGCUGAUUAUGAUAAUUUAUUUCUGGUAGAUCAUAGGAGAUGCUGGUGCUGGGGUCCGACUCCAGGGGGCGCUGUGGGUUAAUCAGUAAAUAAACUGCAGAAACAGCUGCUUUAUCAUCUGCAAAAACAAAAAAAGACUCAAGUCAGUUAUUUAAAAAAUAUUUUUCAAGUGACAGUUGACAAAACAAAGGGUCAGAUGGAGCCGAAUGAAUGUACCAGCAAAUGUGAAAUUCUUUUACUUUAUUUCACUCGUUGUUUGUCUUGAAAAGCACAAAAAGCUGCAGAACGAAUUUACUGAGAGGUUGAACCGCAAAAACGGGAAACUAAAAAUCAAAGGAAGAAAAAAUCUAAAACUUGAAUCAUUUCGCUUCAGAAAGAAACGUUUUGCUCACUUGUGUUAAUUUUAGUUUUUGAUGAAUUAUUGGAUGUAAUUCAACUCAGAAUCAAUGGAUUUUUAUUUGUGUAUAAAACAGCAUUUUCAUAUUUGUUCUACAGCUUUAACAUGAAUAAUUUACAUUAAAUACACAAUUUUCUCAUAAAACUCAAGCCAAAAUGUUUAGUUUAGAUUUUUUGUUCUGAUUUCUCAAUUUAUUUGUGGUGAAAUUAAGGUUUUAAAAAGAUGAGAUGCUGUUUUGUAGGUUUGAAUUUACCUUUUAAAUCAGAAGUUUUUUUAUUUGCAGGAAAUGAAAUUAGCUGUUCAGAGUUUUGAGAAUUAUUGGGUUUUAGUCUCUUUAAAGGGCUGAUCUGCAGAUUUUUUUUAUUUUAAUUUGGUUGAAUUUUCACCAUCAGAUUUAAAUUAUUUCCAUAAAAAUGGUCGGACUUUUUUUUUUUUUUCUGAUCAUUUUGUGUUUCAUUGUUUUUCUGUCACUAACUCAGUCGCCCAAUGAGCCGACGUUUUAGCUUCAAAUGUGUGAAAACAGCCUCAGAAAUGUAGAAAAAGUCACUGAGAAUCAUUCCAUUGCACAAAGAUUAUUUUACAUUUGUAUGCAGUGUUUUAAUUCUGUGGGGAAAUUUGAUUUAUUGUGUUAAAUAUAAUUAUUGUUGAUAUGAAAUGUAAAUAUUGCAUUGCGGCAGACGAGCCGUUUGGCAUUUAUAUAAAGAUUCUUCUGAAUAUAUGGAAUAAAAUGAUAAUAUUGAGCAGCAGACUUUUUAAUAAACUAUAUUUGUUACACUUCUAUUGUGAAUAAAACAUCUUCUAAUAA